AUGUCAGCUUCUGCAGAUUUUAGUAAUCCAUUAAGAAAAUUCAAAUUAGUUUUUUUAGGAGAGCAAAGUGUGGGCAAGACAUCUCUCAUUACAAGAUUUAUGUAUGACAGUUUUGAUAAUACUUAUCAGGCCACCAUCGGAAUUGACUUCUUGUCAAAGACAAUGUACCUAGAAGACAGAACUGUACGAUUACAAUUGUGGGAUACAGCUGGACAGGAACGAUUUCGGAGUUUAAUACCUUCUUAUAUCAGAGACUCUACAGUUGCUGUUGUGGUCUAUGAUAUUACUAAUUCUAACUCAUUUCAACAAGUGAAUAAAUGGAUAGAAGAUGUUAGAGCUGAGAGAGGAACUGAUGUAUUAUAAUGUUAGUAGGUAAUAAAAACUGAUCUACAAGACAAACGUCAAGUAUCUAUGGAAGAAGGUGAAAGAAAGGCUCAAGAAUUAGGAGUUAUGUUUAUUGAGACUUCAGCUAAAGCUGGUUAUAAUGUUAAACAACUAUUUCGGAGAGUGGCAGCUGCUCUUCCUGGCAUGGAGACAAAUCAGGACAAACAAAGUAGAGAUGAUAUUGUUGAAGUACGUCUUCCAGAAAGUGGAUCAGGUGAUCAACAAGAAGAGAACAAAUGUUGGUGUUAA